AUGCGUCCACCACCAAUCACUCCUUUCUUCACAUACACACUUGGAAGUUCACUCUAUGUUCCAUUAACAUGUCGGUGUAAUAGUCUGACUUUACCUGAAACCAGAGGGCCAAACUUUUUGCUGCCUCGCGAUGUGGUGGCAUCGUUGAUGCGUGUGCGGGAGAUGGAAUUGCAACGCGAUGAUGGAAAUGAUGAUGACAAUGACAACCUCUUUUGGGAAGUAAAGACAAUUGAUUCAUUAGUGGAAGGAAAACAAAAGUUGCCAUCGCUAUUGGGCAAAAACAAAGUCCAAGAGUAUCCUGAUGGAAACCAGCAUGUCGUCCAUCCCAAAGUACCAGAUCUGAUGGAGGAAAUUCGUCUUCAAAUGGAGAACAACGACGUCGACAAGACCUCAACAACGAAAAUCACCUCUGUUGUGAUUGCAGGAGAAGGAGAGCCGACCUUGCGCUUGAAUGAUCUUUUGUCUCUGACCGAACAGCUGUCAUCCAGCUCCUGGUUCUCUGAAUCAUCAUCAUCAUCAUCCAGCAUACGUCUCACCACCAAUGGACUGAUCCCAUCGCAGCAGGCUUCAUCGAUAUCGAACGGCAAACAAGAAAGUAAUGUGCCCCAGCUGCUUCAAUCACAUGGUGUCUCUCAUGUUAGCGUUGCUCUCAUGUCGGCGGAUCCUCUUCAAUAUGAGGCUCUCAUGCAACCCUUGUUGUUGGUGGAGGAGGAUAAUGCCCAUUCGCAAGUUUGUCGAUUCAUUCAGCAAGCAGCUGAUACAAAUGGUCUCGAAGUCGAAGUGACUGCUGUGGAUCGUCCAGAGGUGAACAAGGAAACACUCGAAUCGCUGGCAAAGUCUCUUUCAGUCGAAAACCCAGUUCGAUGGCGACCAUACUUUGAGUAG